AUGUGUCAGGCCCAAUGGCAUCAUGAGGUCCACGCCCUCGACGCGAACUUCACUUCCAAAACCCCAAGCAAAGAGCCAUUUUUUGCUAAACUCUCCACCCCAUCUCGAGAGGACUGUCUCGAAUUACUCCAUACUCUGCGGUGCAACCCCCGCUUUUUGGUCGACAGAUUUAAGGCAAUGAACCCAGACCAGGUCAAGGGCCUUUCUACCUCUCCCAAGUUCAAAAACCUGCCCGAAUCGGUUCUGGUAUCCUUGUCAGAGAAUCGCAGUCGAGAGUCGCAGCGCAGGCGCCCUAGAUCCUUCCUUAGGGACUACGAAGACGACGCGCAACUAACUAGAAGUAAAGCCUAUUCCAAGGAGCUCGAAGACUACGCUUCAUCGUUCGAGAGAUCAAAUCCCUUGUCAUUCCUUAUCCACAACAUCUACGCAUGUUCGAGUGACAUUGAAAGCCACGAGAGCCAACUGCGAUUGUCUACCUGGUCUACGAUAUGCGCAAGCUUGUUUACAGAGUCCAUGCCGGCCUUCGAAGCCAUAAUUGGCGACGUUUUGUCUGCAUUUGCACAUUUGCAUGGUUGGCAGAUCAAAGAGCGUCUACACAUGUUCUUGAUGGGCAGCCUGCAACGCGGUGCAUUUCUGUACAACUCUGUCGAACCCCCGAUCAGCAAAGGCCGAACUGAUUUGAGCAUCUUCGACUCUUUCUAUAGUACACCUCAGGCGCAAGCUUUCUUCGACACAGAGGGCAAGGAGCUCUUCCAGAUACUGGGCUCAGGCGAUGGAGGCAUCCCAGAAGGAGCUCUACGCCUCGGUCGUGCGAUUGUUGGCAAGUUGCCCACCUCGCAGAGCCAGAGCGACUUUCGUGGCCACUUCUUUUUCCGGUGGUUUUUACAGGAUUUUCUACGCAUCGCGAUGUCAUUUCCGGAAGACGAAAACAUGCUCCUUCAAUUUCACAUCAGCACACGGGCUAGAUUCCACCUCCUUCAUAAAUUGUGGGAGCACGCCAAUGCUCGGGCCACUGACAGCGUCAGCUCCAUACCUACACAGCGAGUCGACGAAGACGUACGGAAUUCUGUUAACUACAAUAUCGGCAAGCUGUCUGCAGACCAGUGUAUCAAUCCCUACCAGCCUGGCAACUCCACGCCCACCUCGGUCGGGGGUUUCCAGUCGCCAUACAUCUCGAUCUGCGCAGCCGAUAUUGCCCACCUCCUCGAAAAGUUGAGAUCACAGACUAUACACACCUCCAGCCCAUUUGACCAGUUUCUGAGCUCCUCCCAGGCAACAUUCAAUUUCCAAUACUCACGAGCUAUUCCGAAGUUCGACAGGCUUUGUAGGCGCAUUCUCGAUUUUAUUGAGCCCGGCCACUCUUCUAAAAAUGUUCACCCUUGUCAAGAGAGUUGGGCUUUACUACUAAUAUCACGGGAGGGGAAUCUAUCCGUUGCAACGCCGGCUCCGCCUGGCGACAUACCGAGAGCUGGGGAAGGCUUGGGUGAUCUUGACCCAGUCCAGACCGCCGUGCUCCGUCUAGCGGACAGCUCAUUGUCUCGGACCACCCCACCCAGCGCGCAGCGAAUGUCAGAGGGGAAAGCAAAGGGUCUUGGUCUCUCCGAAAUGUUUGCCGAAGAGUCCAGGACCUCCCAUAUUCAAACGGACAGUCUCACGGCUAUGUACUGGCAUAAUGCGCUGAACUACUUGCGCGGUCAUUAUCCAUUGACAGUGCUGACGGGUGACGAUACUAAGGUACUGAGCCCAAUUCUCCAGAAACUCAAUGAACACCAAGUUCUGCUCGCAAAUGAAUGCCUACAGUUGCAACAAGAAGUGGCUGAUCUCGAAGCGUCUUAUGCCUCUGCGAGAAAGACGCUAGCUACAGCCUCUGACUGGCUUGAUAAGCUCCGGGUCAAACUUUGGUACGCAAUGUCUGUCAUAAGCUCGGAUGUCUACGACAACGCUCGCAACAUCACUGUCGCGCUGAACAAUAUGGCAAUAAUUGCCAGGCCAGGAGCUAUAUCUGGACAGGAAUAUGGACUUUCUCAGGAGCCAUCUCGACCAGGGAGUUCUAUGACCUCAGUAUCAUCUAUGUUUGACCAACCGAGGGUCGACACUGAGACGAUCAUGAAAGCGCCGGUGGAGUAUGGCGGUCCUAGGAAGCUCUCAGAUGCGCAGAUUGAGAAGACGAAGAAAUGGCUCGAACGCAACCACGUGGAGAACUUCUGUCGAGGAGAGGAAAGAAUUCAUCGGUUCUGUAUGGAGGUCAAGCUUCUGACCCGGAAGCUCGUCGGAGAUACCAUUGCUGCCAGCCCUGUACUGUGGUCGGGCGAACUUUUCGCGCGGGAAAGGGGCCUGUACGACAUCCAUGCAGGACUGUAUGGUGGUCCGAGCACCAGACCGCCGAGUGUGAUGAGUGAGCCACUUUCGUCCUCUUCCUUUCCCCUGCGUCCGGCAUUUGCAGGCUCAAGAUCGUCGAUAUUCGGAGGCUCGAGCAGGCUUGGAAGGGACGGCCUGGGUAGCGAUAUUUCCUCCUACAUCAGUUCGCCAGGCCGUGCUACCACGUCCACAACCCUGGAAAGUGCCAGCAUCUGGUCACGGACGCAGUCCAAUUCACGGUCUGUCACCUCGGUGUCACAACAGUCCAGACCUGCGUCAACGUUCGAAGGGAAUAACCUGAAUCGAUCACUCGAUCGCAGCCAAGAGAAAGCCAGUUUCUUGGAAACCCUACGACACGAUUUGAGCUCUCUCCUGCUCUCUGACUUGGCGUGCCCCGUGUGGAGCUGUGGAAGCGAAAGCGACGCUUGGAUGGAUGCGAUCUGCCAAACAUCAAGCGUCAUGGAGCGGCUGCAUCAGCGCACUGCAUUGGCUCAUUUAUUGCCGCCAGCAACCACAUUAGCAUCCUCAGGAUCGAGCUCGAAAGCCUCAAGCAAACACAAACAGCGAAGUCAAAGUACUGCACCGCACCGAUCUUCCUCGGGCAAACAUGAUUGCGACGCCGGGCUUGAUCCUGUGGAAAAGGUGCUGUUCGGUGACGGCGGACAGGCCCAAGUUGACGACUUCCCAUACCCCAGCGCGUUCAACGACAUUCUCUGUCGCGUGAGAGAUCAUACGGACCCCGUUCUGAAGCUCAAAGCUAUCCGCGAUUUCAAGCUCCUGUGGCAGGAUAUCGAACAAAAUCGAAGGAGUGGGCUAGCGCCGUUCCCUGCUGAACCACAGGGGGCUGCUGGCGUUCAAGAGGGCACGCGACGACGUAGCCUCGACCCAAGUAUCUUGUCAGCCAAUCUACGACGGAAAAAGUGCCACUCGCGGUCCCAGGUGUCAGUUUCCGCGCCCGUGGAGAGUGAGGAGAGUUUAGUGGUUCAGUCACUCAAGGAUCUCCUCCAUGCUUUGCGGCCCAAGACCAUUUUUCGGGACUUGCAAUACAUUGCGGCAUUCGCAUCAUCAGACAAGCUGGAUGACCCGGAGCUAGGACAAGCAUUCCUCCACAUGGGGCUGGCAGCAUUGGCGUGGAAGGAUGAAGUCUGUCGGAGCAUGGUGGAUGUCGCCGAUCGAAUCGUUGCCCGAGACUUGAUCAAGAGAAAUAUCUCAGGCUCCAAGACGAAAAGAGAGCCAUCAGUGCUCAAGGCCAUGGAGUAUUGGAUUGUCGGGGCUCGAGAAGGCAAUGCUAUCGCGCAACGAGAGCUUGCGAGUCUCUACCUGACCCAUCCCGAUGUUCCGCCAAUCGUCAGUCUGCCACUGACCUUAUCUUCGGAUAUCUUCAAAAGUGAAAUGAUGUGGGAAGGGGAAGGAGAAUUUCGGCGCAAUAGUCCAGCACUUUGUCUUGCGCUGCACUGGAUGCAAGAAGCCGCAAAGAAUGGAGACCGGGUGGCACAGCUGAAACUGAAGGAGCGAGAGGCCGGCCGUUCAAUUCGAUGA